AUGUCGACCCCCGCUGCGAAAAACACUGGUGCCGAUCAGCCUCGGGCCAGCAUCGAGGCCAACAAUGAUCAGAACAACGCAGGCCCUGGCCUUUUCAAACCCGAGCUGGUGGAACAAAAUGAAACAGCCCCCAUUGGUGUGAGCAAGGUCGAAGCCUUCAACAAGGUGCUGUACCAGUCCGGGAGGUCGGGCAAGAUCUUGCUAUGGCUGGUCGGCAUCUCGAUCGGCCUGACCAUGUUCGCCUAUGCCUUCGACAUGGGCCUCACCACGAGCGUGUUCAACACCAUGGCCAGUUCCACCUUCGGCAAGCACAGUCAGCUUGCCGCCAUCAGCACCGCCAGCCAGAUCAUCCGUGCCAUCAGCAAGCCUUUCAUCGGCAAGCUGUCUGAUAUCACUUCGCGUCCCACGACCUACGUCAUCAUCCUCGUCUUCUACGUUGUCGGCUUUGCUGUCGCUGCGAGCUCGAGCACGUUUGCCGCUUACACGGUGGGCAUGUGCUUUACCUCUGUCGGCAAAUCCGGCCUUGACCUGCUGAGCGACAUUAUCGUCGGUGAUUUGACGCCCCUUGAGUGGCGUGGCUUCUUUGGUGCUGCCCUGUCGAUCCCGUUCAUCGUUACCGUACCGAUCAACGGGUUUAUCGGUGAUGCCUUUAUCGAUAACUGGCGAUGGGGCCUGGGCAUGUUCGCUAUCAUGGUCCCUUGCCUGUUAGUGCCCGCUAUAUUCACGCUGUACGCCAUGCAGCGACGCGGAGAGAAGUUUGGUCUCGUGACAAUGGCUGCUUCGAGGCGCGUGAGAGCUGGUGAGGACGAAGUCUCAAGCUCCAAGGGCUUCGGCUACUGGCUGAAGCUUUUGGAGGAAGGUCUGAUCGAUAUCGAUAUUUUCGGUUUGAUCAUCCUCGGCGUGUCCUUUUCGCUCAUUCUGUUGCCGUUUAGCAUCCGAGAGCUCAUGCCCGGUGGCUGGUCGAACGGCCGUAUCAUUGCCAUGCUCGUCAUGGGUUUCGUGCUACUUGUUGCAUACGUCCUGUUUGAGAUGUACCUCUCCCCGAAGCCCCUCAUGACACGGCGCAUCAUCAUGAACCGCACAUUCCUCGCCGCCGUUGUCAUCUACACCUUCAACCAGAUGGCUUCCGCAACUCGCAACACGUACUUCUCUUCGUACAUCUGGAUCAUCAAGGACUGGACCAACUACCAAUGGAUCAUCUUCUUGGGAAUUACGACCAUGGGCCUGAGCAUCCUCGGCCCGAUCGUCGGUCUCGUCCAGAGGGCCACGCACAGGUACAAGACCAUGAUGCUGUUCGGUGCCGGGGCGCGCAUCAUCGCCUACGGCCUCCUGGUCCAGCCGAGCGGGCACAUGGUCCAGGACACCGCCCGCCUGGUCAUCGCCCAGCUGACCUUCUGCCUGGGCUCCUUCAACGUGGUCGGCGCCCGCGUCGGCAGCCAGGCCUCCGUGCCGCACGAGGACAUGGCGUCCGUCAUCUCGCUGCUGACGCUGUGGUCCACGCUCGGCUCGUCCAUCGGCAGCGCCGUGUCGUCGGCCUUCUGGACGAGCGAGAUGCUCGAGCGCAUGCGCCUCGAGAUCCCGGCCAGCGUCGACGACGCGGCCCUGCAGAAGCUCUACGCCAACAUCAAGCGCCUGCGCACGAGCUACGCGUUCGACUCGCCCGUGCGCCAGGGCGCCAUCCGCGCCUACGCCUACGUCAACGGCCACAUCGCCGUCACGGCGCUGUGCAUGGCCUGCGUGCCCCUCGUCGCUACCUUCUUCAUGCCCGACUUUUACCUGGGCAAGCAGCAGAAUGCUAUCACGAACACGGGUCUGGAUGGCGAGCUGGUUGACGUGCCGCAGAGGAGGGACGAGACUGCUGAGGGCGCUGCAAACACCGGCUCGAAGUCGUUGCUCCACAAGAUCCGCGACUUCUACCGCAAGGACGUCGUGUAG